AUGACGUAUUUCCUCUAAAUUUCGGCUACGGGGAUAACAACAUCGGAACGACCCCAGUCCGACUUAAAACACCGAAUAAUCUGCGUUUUUACCAACUUUUACCACCUGUAACGCAUUCAUCGGAAUAUUUAACUACUAUAAAACAAAAUGCCCCAGAACGAGCAUAUCGAGUUACAUCGCAAGCGGCAUGGCUACCGCCUGGACCACCAUGAAAAGAAAAGGAAGAAGGAGAGCCGUGAGGUCCACGAGCGGUCCCACAAAGCCAGGAAGCUGAUCGGUUUGAAGGCCAAACUGUACCACAAACAGAGACAUUCAGAGAAGAUCCAGAUGAAGAAGACCAUCAAAAUGCAUGAACAGAGGAAGACCAAGCAGAAGAACGAUGAUAAGACCCCAGAGGGAGCAGUGCCAGCCUACCUGUUGGACAGAGAGGGACAGUCCCGUGCUAAGGUCCUCUCCAACAUGAUCAAACAGAAGAGGAAAGAGAAGGCUGGUAAAUGGGAGGUGCCCCUGCCAAAGGUGCGUGCCCAGGGAGAGACAGAAGUGCUUAAAGUCAUCAAAACUGGAAAGAGACAAAAGAAAGCCUGGAAGAGAAUGGUCACCAAAGUCUGCUUCGUCGGCGAUGGCUUCACCCGUAAACCUCCCAAAUAUGAGCGUUUCAUCAGACCCAUGGGUUUGCGUUUUAAGAAGGCUCAUGUCACACAUCCAGAGCUGAAGGCCACGUUCUGCCUUCCCAUCCUCGGAGUGAAGAAGAACCCCUCCUCACCGCUCUACACCUCUCUAGGAGUCAUCACAAAAGGAACAGUCGUAGAGGUCAAUGUCAGCGAGCUGGGCUUGGUCACACAAGGAGGAAAGGUUAUCUGGGGUAAAUACGCCCAGGUGACAAAUAACCCAGAGAAUGAUGGCUGCAUUAAUGCCGUCCUGCUGGUAUAAGACUCUUGACCUUUAUACAGACUGUGCCUGGUAACUCUGAAUUUACACGAGGAGUGUUGAUUACAACAAAGAUGCGACAAGAAAUGGGCUUCACAUCACGGGACUAACGGGAAGAUCAAUGAUGCUACACUUGGAAACACAACUGUUUUUGUAACAGAAGAAGAAAAUAGGGUGAUCACUGUGUUAAAUGUGAUAUAAAUAAACUUGAUAUGACACCAGA